UUUAUUUUAUAAAAUUAUAAAGGGCAAUGAACGAAUUUAAUUGUUCUUAUGAUAGUUUGAAGUUUGAUGAAGCCUGUGUAAAUUUAAUAUCUGACAAUACAAACUUCAACGAGUGGCUCUAUUCACUCUCCACAGAUUGCUUAUCAUGUCCAUUCAAACGUAUAGCACAGAUUUUUAAUAAUGUCAGUUUUAAAAUGAACACAAUUAAAGCAUUAAAAUGGAGAGUAUUAAACAACACCGGAAAAGAAGAAUAUGUAUCUGCCAAAAUUACAAGCAAUAUUGUUUGUGAACUGUCACCGAAUCUAGGACAAUAUGGUUUAUACGAAUUGGCGAUACAGAAUAAUACUUGUAACUUUAAAACUAUAAAAAAUCCAACGUAUGCAUACACAGAACUGUUUAUUACUUUGGGAGUAAUUAUAUUUAUCUUAUGUGGUAUAUCUACUGGAAGAUUUCUAUGGUAUAUGUUUAAAAGACAAUGUCUAAAAAAUGUCGAAGAUAAAAAUAAUCAAGAACCAAAGAAACGUCGCGUAAAAGCUAUCGACGCAUUUAGAGGGGUCAGUACUCUUUUUAUGAUUUUUGUUAACGAUGGUUCUGGUAGUUAUACUAUAUUAGGACACGCAACUUGGAAUGGCUUAUUAUUAGGAGAUCUAGUAUUUCCUUGUUUUAUAUGGAUUAUGGGUGUUUGCAUACCUAUAGCUUUGUCGGUGCAAUUAAAACGAGGAUUUUCCAAGCUUCAAAUCUGUUAUUCCAUUUUAAAGAGAAGUUUUCUUUUAUUUCUGAUAGGAGUUGCGCUUAACACAUUAGGAACAAAUGCGCAAUUGGAAAAUAUACGUAUAUUUGGAGUUCUUCAACGAUUCGGGGUUACUUAUUUAAUCGUUGGCUUACUGUAUCUCUGUUUUCCACUCAAACAAUCAAAUACUCUUCAGAACUCAUCACGAACUUGGAUAAUCCAUGAAGUGCAAGAUAUAAUAAGUCUUUUGCCACACUGGUCUGUAAUUCUGAUUUUAAUAAUUGUACAUUGUUCAUUAACAUUUAGUCUCCCAGUCCCUGGAUGUCCCGCCGGAUACCUUGGACCAGGCGGAAGACAUGAAGAUGGUAAAUAUUUUAAUUGUACCGGAGGUGCGACUGGAUAUAUUGAUAAAACUAUACUGACUUUAAAUCAUAUUUACCAAAACCCAACUAUCAAAUUUGUUUACGGCUCCGGCCCCUUUGAUCCCGAAGGAAUUUUAGGAUGUUUUACAGCGAUAUUUCAAGUAUUUCUAGGUGUACAAGCUGGUAUAAUUCUGAUGAUAUAUAAGAAUUGGAAAAAACGUGUUAUCAGAUGGCUUUUGUGGGCAGUAUUUUAUGGAUGUAUAGGUUGCGCUCUUCAUUUCACUAACACUAUACCCGUCAAUAAAAAUUUAUGGUCUUUAUCAUUUGUAUUUGUUUCAACUUCUUUUGCUCUUGCUUUUUUAUCUGGUUGUUAUUUAUUGAUCGACGUUGCCAAAGUUUGGCGAGGUGGUCCUUUCAGAAUCCCCGGUAUGAAUGCACUUGUAUUAUACGUGGGUCAUAGCGUAUGUUACCAAAUCUUCCCAUUUCAUUGGAGGAUCGGCGCCAUGGAUAGUCGUAUUUUAUGUUUAAUUGAAUCGAUUUGGGUGGUAACUCUCUGGACAAUUAUAGCUUAUAUUAUGCAUCGUAAGCGAACAUAUAUAACUCUUUGAAUUAUAUCUGCUUAUAAACAAGUUAGUUAUUUAUUAAUAUUAAUUUUAUAAAUAGUUUAUUUUACAACUUGGACAAAUAAUACAAUAAUAUAUUCAGGUAACAAGAUUAACAAUAUGUAUACAUAUGUACGUUUACACAUAUACUUUCAUAUUAUAUUUAAUAUUUUUAAAAAGAAUGUUAUUAUAAUUUUUCUAUAGCGAUCCAUUCUUAAAUAAACAAACCAUAUGUGCUCAUACUUACAUAAUAUCAUUUAUAAUUAAUGACAUGACAACAAGCAGCCAAACUUCUGAUUUUCCAAGAUUUUUUGCAAAAAACAGUUUAAAAAAUUUUUAAUAUUAUUACAUAUUGUAAGUUAACUGAAAUUUCAAAAGUAAGUUUAAAUAAAUUAUUUAAAAAAUAUUACAGAAAAGGACGCAAAUAUUUAAUAUUUCUAGUAAUUAAAAACAAACAUUUUACUUUGCCAUAAAAAUGAUAAAAGACAAAAUUUCAUUUAACACUUUAGAUAUCAAAAUCCAAAUAAUUUAUUGGUGAUUUGCAGUCCACUUUAAUCAAAACCUUUGAAUAAUUUUCCAUCGAUAGAUCAGCAAGCAGGUGUAAGUACUACGGAUUAUUGUAAACAAAAUAGAAAAAAAGCGCACUAAAUAAUUUGAAUCUGUUUAAGCAAAAAUU